AAGGUUGUGGGAUUAUGCUGCAACUGGUGAACGAAUGGUAAAGGCUGGAUGUGUUUCCCGUUUGCUUGAGGAAAUAUUUUUUUUCUCUUGUUUUUUAAACAUCUAAGAGGUCUGAAUGGUGGACUCUGGGUCUGGGAACCAAGCAGAGCUGCAUGAUGGUGGACAGCCUGUUUUCUUGAGUGCCUUGCCAGACUAUAAUUUGGGACCACUAGACUCGUCCCCCAGUAUGAAGGUGAAAUGGACCAAACUGGGCAUGGUCUUCUUCCUCCUACUGUCUUUAACCAUGACUGGCUGUUUCAUAUGGCAGUACAGGCUUCCUAAAGCAAAACCAGUGGCUGAAAGUAAAGUCCAAGAGGUAAAAGAGGAAAAGCUGUGCCCACGUUUUCCAGAACCAGCACCCCUGGAGCAUCCCAUUCCAGUCCUUAUGGAGGCUUUGGAAAAGGUUGAUGCUCUUUUGAGGAACAGCAUUGAUAUGACACGACUGCCAGCAAUCUCAGCCAUUGUCAUAUAUAAUGACUCAGUGCUGUGGAAUGGAAACUUCGGCAGAAGAAAUGCUAGUGACCCAGAGUCCCCCCCACCCAACGAGUACACAGUCUACAGAAUCGCCAGUCUGUCUAAGAUCUUCCCCACGCUGAUGCUGUAUAAGCUGUGGGAGGAAGGCAGAGUGGGCUCUCUGGAUGACCCUCUGGAGAAGUAUAUGAAGAACUUCACCAUUAAGAACCCCCUGGGGAAAAAGAGAGCUCCAGAACCAAAAUCCUUAGAUGGAGGGCAAUUCAAGAGCAGUGGGGAGACGCCAUUCCGCACUCCCUCUGUCACUCUCAGAAGAAUGGCUAGCCAACUAUCAGGCUUACCCAGGCGACUCAGAGGAACAUCUCUUCUCUGGAAUGGCGAAACUCAGGCUGCGAUUGAUUUGUUACAGGACGAUGUUCUUGUGGCAGACCCAGGAACAAAAUGCCACUACAGUAACCUGGCCUACUCCCUGCUGGCCCACGUUAUGGCAGAAGAGGUAACAGGAACCGAUUACCAGAGCUGGCUGGCUAAAAAUAUCCUGCAGCCAUUAGGCAUGGAGGACACCAGCUUUGACAUCACCACAGACACUGAGCACCAGAUGGCAGUGGGCGUUUACUCGAGUGGACAGCCUGCGCCCCUCUACGACCUUGGCUGGUACCGGCCCUCGGGGCAGAUGUACUCCACAGCAGCUGACAUGGCCAAGUUGAUGAUGGUUCUUCUGGGGGCGUACAACCGCCAAGUGCUCCGGGAGGACACCCUCAAGACCAUGCUGACCCCUCUCCUCCGCUGUGACGCCAGCUACUUUGCAAACCAAACAGGAACACCUUGGGAGAUAAACGAACAGCUGGAGUAUAAGAUCAUCCGUAAAGAUGGAGAUUUGGACGGCUACUCGGCCACCCUGUCUCUCGUCCCCCGUCUAAAGCUGGGCCUAGUCAUUCUGAUGGCUGGUACCAAGCCUGCCAACAAGGACCUCGUGGCCACAGCCUACAGCUACCUCAUCCCUGCCAUGGAGCGUGCCUUCAGGGAUGCACCCCGUGUCCUUAUUCCUCCUCCUGAUCCGACUCCCUACGUGGGCUACUUCACCUACAGCAACAUCACCUUCUAUGAGAUUAAGGCUGGCUCAGAAGGGCUGCUGUCUAUGCAGCAGUUCGGACCAGAGGUGGAUGCAAUGAUCCCUCUGAAGUACAGAACUUGGAAGCUGAGUUAUUUAGAAGACAGGGUGUUCCGGGUGGUCUUUGAGAAGGAGUACCCAUGUGAGUUCAAAGUCAGUAGUGCUUCCAUUUCAUUGGAAUCCCAAGACAGACAGCUGUUUAACUUUUACAGCUUUAGCAAAAAAGAGCUUUCACCUGGAUUUGAUGCUCCAGGCUUGAACACUUACAAAGUGAUGCGAAUACCAAACAAACCAAUUUUUACCUAUUGAGGCUGCUAUGUAUGGGUAUCGAUGUUCAGUCAGAAUAUGUGAUCUGAGAUUGGCUGAAAUGUCUCUGAUUAGCCAAUCCUGUGAGCGGAUCAAAUCAUUUUCGGGAGUAAAUGAUUACAGCAACUCGGUGUAGCGCUCACUGUAGGGUCUCCUCACUCACAGCAAGUUGCAGUUUUUCAUUUUAUAAAUCUAUAGAGCUUGUGCACAGUUGAAGAUGCUUUGUUUGUUUGUUUGGAUUUUUUGUUGUUGCAUAAUGCGCCUUGUGAAAAAAGCAGAGUUAAGUUUUUUAACACCUCUAACUGGAUACCCCUCUUUAGAAAAAAAAUAACAGUGCACAGUUCUUCGAUCUGCGUAGUAAGGUCGACAUAAAAGUCAAUGCCUCCCACUGAACACAGUUAAAUUCUUAUGUGCUGAAUACAUUUUUAAGCAAAAUUAUGGACUUUAAAUGUAUUAGCAAUGUAUUUUUAAACAAUAUUAUUAUAUGUAUUAUCUUAUAUGCAUUUUGGAAUCUUAAUUGAAAGUGCCUUGAUUAUAUUGUCACAUAGUUCAAUAGGUCAGGUGUGGGAGAAGAUUAUAGAGUGGUUUGUGUUCAGGUUGCAAGCGUAUGUAUGUGUAUCUUGGGCAUGUACCAUGUUGUAUCUUGGGCUCUGUGUUUUUUUAUUGCAACAUGAUUGUAUGGAAAUGAACAUAGCAAUAAAGUAUUUUGUAAAACUG